AUGCUUAAUACAAACUUUAAUGCUUAUUAUGUACAAUAGCCAUUCUUCUAUCCUUUUGGAUAUUAAUAUUUGUUAAUGACAGCACCUAUUGCAUUGACUAAUACAUAGAUAGUUAAUCCUCAAAUCUAAGUUAAUGAUAAUCUAACUUAAACAAAUAAUAUAUCUAUUGGUUUGAACUAACAAUAGGGAAGGUAAAAACAAAAAACCAUCUCUGAAACCGAAAGUCAUCUAGAUUGUGAUAGUGAUAAUGAUGAACCUAGAGAUACUGCUUAAAAUCCUAAAUCAAUUAAGGCCAAUCUAACUAAGAACAUUUAGAAACUUAACCUUUUGGUUAAAUCUACAAAUAUACAGAAAAAUUAUGCUAAAGCUAUAGUGUCAUAUGCUUGUAGAUAACGAACAAUAAUUUUUGAAAGUUUAGGAGAAGAGAGAGGAGAAGAAUUUAUAAAGUUGAUGAAUCAUCUUAAAAAUAAGCUUAGAAAUAUUGGUCAUAUUACAAAAUAUACUCAUGUAGAAGAGUUUUUAUCAUUAUUUAGAGUUUUAGGGUAUGUUAAGUUUUAAUAAUAUUAGAAAUAAUUUUAUGAAGAAAGACUCAGUUAGUUAUAUUUAUAAUUCUAAGAUUAUGUAAAAGAGUUGUCAUUUAUCUAACAUGACUAUAGUAAGGAAUUCUCUAUUAAAAUAUUGA